AAUGAAAUGGAAAUCGGCUAAGUAUCUAUAUAUGCAUCCAUCGUUCAGCGGUAUGGUUGUUGGACUAUUAUCAGGCAUAAUUGGUUACAAAACUUUGUGCGCCAAACCUCAUAUAGAAUAUGAGGAAUUACCAGAUAAAAAGAGAAGGGGUAAGGAAAUACUAAAGUAUGGCAUACCAGAAAGACCAGGAGAUCUUAUGUUCUAUAAAAACCACGUGCUGAGCUAUAAUGCCGCUUCAAGAAUUCCAUUUUGGGUUGCAGAGCACCUAACUAAGGAUUCCUUAUCUGGUAAAGCUAACAGAAAAUUCUCAGAUUUCAAACCUGACCCAUCAAUUGAAAAUUUAUUUAUGUCUGAAAAUUCUGAUUACUGGAAUAGUGGCUGGUCAAGAGGUCAUAUGGCACCUGCUGGCGACAAUAAGCAUGACCAAGAAGCAAUGGAUGAAUCAUUUUUGUUAACCAAUAUUGUCCCGCAAGAUCUAAGUAACAAUGCUGGUUUUUGGAAUAGAUUGGAAAUGUACUGUAGAAAGUUAGUAAAAAAUUACGACGACGUAAGGAUAUUUUCUGGGCCCGUGAUGGUUCCAGAAACAGACCAGGAUGGUAAUAUAUACGUAAAAUAUCGAGUUAUUGGAAAGAACCAUGUAGCCGUACCAACCCAUUUGUUUAAAGUGAUUGUUGCUGAUUCAGCAGAUUCCAAUCAAUUUGUUGCAGCAUUCUUAGUACCAAAUAAACCUAUCACUUUCGAACGAAAAUUGCGGGAUUAUCAAGUUGAUGUGAGCCGAAUAGAAUCUUUAAUUGGGUUUAGACUAUUACCCAAUUUAAAAGCUAAAAGUAUGAAAAAUCUGUGCAAUAAUGAAGGAUGUAAUUUAAUUUCCAAAGAGGAAUUUGAAAAAAUAUUUUUGACUAGUCGAAUUAAAAACUCCCGAAAUAUUAAGGAUUUGGAAAUGCAAUGGAAAUCUGCUACAGAACAAUUGGAUGGAAAACCUUCAAAACAUUUAAAAGAAGCCUAUAAUGAGGCAAAACAGACAUUGCAAGCAAGAAAUUAG